AUGUUUCAGACAUUUAAAGAAUGGUUCUGGUUGGAAAGAUUCUGGCUUCCUCCAACCAUAAAGUGGUCAGAUCUUGAAGAUCAUGAUGGACUUGUUUUUGUAAAACCUUCUCAUUUAUACAUGACAAUUCCAUGUGCUUUUGGAUUGCUGGUCAUCAGACAUUUCUUUGAAAAGUUUAUUGCCACACCUCUAGCAAAAACAUUUGGGAUUACAAAUGCAGUUCGCAGAAAUAUUACACCGAAUGCUGUCUUAGAAAAUUUUUUUAAAUAUUCCACAAGGCAUCCAUCACGGACUGAUAUUUAUGAUCUGACAAAGAAGUGUAACUUGCCGGAACGCCAGAUUGAAAGAUGGUUUAGGAGUCGGCGGAAUCAAGAGAAGCCUUGCCAGAUGAAGAAGUUCCAGGAAGCUUGUUGGAGAUUUGCAUUUUAUUUAGUGAUUACUGCAGCUGGAAUUGCAUUUCUUUAUGAUAAACCUUGGGCAUAUGAUCUGUGGGAAGUCUGGAAUGGCUAUCCCAAACAGCCAUUGUUACCAUCCCAGUAUUGGUACUACCUCUUAGAGAUGAGUUUUUACUGGUCUCUGGUAUUUAGUCUUGGCACUGAUAUCAAGAGAAAGGAUUAUCUAGCUAAUAUCAUCCAUCACCUGGCUGCCAUUAGCUUGAUGGGCUUCUCAUGGUGCGCUAAUUAUAUCCGCAGUGGGACCCUCGUGAUGAUUGUGCAUGAUGUGGCCGACAUUUGGCUAGAGUCUGCAAAAAUGUUCUCUUAUGCUGGAUGGAAGCAAACCUGUAACAUGCUAUUUUUCAUCUUCUCUGCCAUCUUUUUUGUCAGCCGUCUCAUUGUAUUUCCUUUUUGGAUUUUAUAUUGCACGUUGAUUAUGCCCCUACAUUACCUUGAUCCAUUUUUUUCAUACAUCUUCCUCAACCUACAGCUCAUACUCUUGCAAGUCCUACAUCUUUAUUGGUGUUUUUUUAUCCUGAAGAUGCUCAAAAGAUGCAUAUUCACAAAGAAUAUCCAAGAUGUGCGGAGUGAUGAUGAGGAUGAAGAUGAAGAGGAGGAUGAUGAUGCAGAAGAGGAGUUUCCCAGGGGCAAAGACAUAGACUGUUUAAAAAAUGGUCUUGAAGUUGAUAAGAAUCUCAUUUCAAAUGGUCAACAUGGCCGUUAG